UGGAUGGAUGAGAUGCAGGUUCCCUUGUCAUCUAAAGAUUUUGGAAAGCAUCUUUUGGAAGUAGAAGAUUUGCUGCAAAAACACAGCUUGCUAGAGGCUGACAUUGCUGCCCAAACUGAAAGAGUCCACUCCUUAAACCAGUCAGCCCUAAAAUUCACUGAGUUUUCAGAUUACCAGCCAUGUGACCCUCAGAUCAUCUGCAACCGAGUCGAGCACGUCAAGAGCUGUUUAGAAGGUCUUCGCCAACUGGCAGAGAAACGCCGGGGAGAGCUGGAGGAAUCCAAGCGUCUUUUUGGUGUUUCUUGCAGGAGGUAGAGGAGGCUGAGGGUUGGAUUCGAGAGAAAGAACAGAUUCUGUCUGCUCCACAAAGCUAUGGGAAGGAUCUGAGCAGUGUCCUACGUCUCUUAAGCAAACACAAGAUUUUUGUGGGUGAGCUCGGAGGGAGGCACGCCAUGCUACAGCAGACCCUUCAAAAGGGGGAGCAGGUGCUAAGUAAGAGAAGGAGAGGAAUGGCUGGACUUCGCCAGCGAAUGCAAGAAGUAAAACAGAAAUGGGAGAACCUUGAGAAAGCAGCAAAUUCCCACCAGUUAAAGCUUCAGGAGGCUUCCAACUUCCACCAGUUUAACGCGGACACUAUGGAGCUUGCUGGUUGGCUGCAGGAUAGCUAUCGCUUGGUGUCCAGUGAUGACUUUGGGCAUGAUGAGUAUUCCACACAGUCUUUGGUCAAAAAGCAUCGUGCAGCCUCAGAGGAAAUAGAAAAACACAGAGCUACUGUGCUCGGAUUGAGGAAACUGUUAUCUGAACUGGGUACUGAGUACCGAAACCAGGUGGAUGUACAGAUUAGCAUUGUGGAGUUGGAGCAGCUCUUUGGAGAGGUGGUGGAAGUUGCCUCCUUGAGAAGUCAGUGGCUUCAGGAUGCUUUAGAUGUUUAUAAAAUGUUUGGUGAAGUAAAUUCCUGUGAAGUGUGGAUCGAUGAGAAGGAACAGUGGUUGAUGAAGAUGGAGAUCCCACAGAGACUGGAGGAUGUUGAGGUGGUUCAGCACAGGUUUGAAAGUCUGGACCAGGAAAUGAACAGUCUAAUGGGUCGGGUAUUGGAUGUUAAUCAGAUAGUGCAGCAACUGCUGGAGGGGGGACAUCCUAGUUCCUCUGAGGUCCGAGCCUGUCAGGAUCACCUAAACAGCAGGUGGAACCGAAUUGUGGAAUUAGUGGAGCAGAGGAAAGAACAGCUCACUUCUGUGCUUCGCCUGCAGAAUUAUUUCCUAGAGUGCAAUGAAGUGAAGUCUCAGAUUCGCGAAAAGAGGAAAGCUAUGGAGACCAGCCAGUGUGGCAGUGGAGAGUUGGGUGGAGUGCUGGCCUUGCAGAGGAAACUUUCGACCAUGGAGGCAGCAUUGGUGGCUUUAGAACCCAAGCUGGUCCAGCUGCAGCAAGAUGCUGAAGUUCUCGCCACGUGCCACCCAUCUCAGGCCAUGGAGGUGUUGGUACACUUUGAGGAAAUUAGCAGAGAGUGGGAAGCUCUGAAGAGGACUCUCCAAGGAUGUGAGGACUCUCUAACGGUGGCCAGCAAGUUGCAGCAGUUUAUACAAGACCUGGACAACUUCCUGACCUGGUUGGUUAAGACGCAAACUGCAGUGGCCACAGAGGAGUUGCCUUCCAACCUGCCCGAGGCUGAGAGAUUGCUAGGGCUUCAUGCUUCCCUUAAAGAGGAGAUCAAUAGAUAUGAGGAGGACUACAACAAGAUCCAAGCUGUCAGUGACCUUCUGAGCUUAGAAGAGGCUGACCUUCCAUAUCUUUCUCUCCAGCAGUGGCUGCAGAAGCUGGAAGUUGGAUGGAACAAGCUUCUCCAGAUGUGGGAGAACAGAAGGGAGGUCCUUGUACAGUCUCACAUCUUCCAUCUGUUUUUAAGAGAUGUUAAACAGGCUGAGGCCUGCUUGAACAACCAGGAGUCAGCCCUGGCUCAUGUUGAGUUGCCCAACACUGUACAAGGGGUGGAGAAUGCCAUCAAGAAGCACAAAGAUUUCCUGACCACCAUGGAGAUGAACACACAGAAGGUUACAAUAGCAGUGGAAGCUGGCGAAAGCUUGAUACGACUUGGAAAUGUGUUUGCUGACCGCGUUCAGGAGCGGAUCUCUGCAAUCCAGAAAAGGUGUCAGCGUAACAUGGCGCUUGCACAGAAAUGGCUACAGAGACUGAAAGAUCAUUUGCAACUUCAACACUUUCUGCAAGACUGCAAUGAGGUAAGCCUAUAUUUUAUCCUUGGGAUCGUUAUGAGAAGUGCCUGCUGAAAAGAGUUUAUGUUCUGGGAUGUAA